GCGCCGCGGCGGCGGCGGCGGCGGCGGCGGCGGCGGCGAGGACGGCGGCGACGGCGGCGGCCGAGGGGGCGGUGGCUACGAGGGGCGUGCGGAGCAGGCGGAAGAGGCGUCCGUACGGGCGGCUAGGUCGCAGAGGAUCAUCGUUGGGAUCAACGACUAUCACCUGUUCUACAAAAUGAGUAACAGCCACCCUCUUCGCCCCUUUACUGCAGUGGGGGAAAUUGAUCAUGUGCACAUUUUGUCUGAACAUAUUGGUGCCUUGCUGAUUGGGGAGGAAUAUGGCGACGUCACAUUCGUUGUGGAAAAGAAACGUUUUCCUGCCCACAGGGUAAUUUUAGCUGCGAGGUGCCAAUAUUUUCGAGCAUUACUGUAUGGUGGGAUGCGAGAAUCUCAGCCCGAAGCAGAAAUCCCUCUCCAAGACACCACCGCAGAAGCAUUCACCAUGCUGCUUAAAUACAUCUACACUGGGCGGGCAACACUGACAGAUGAGAAGGAGGAGGUGUUGCUGGACUUUCUGAGCCUGGCUCAUAAAUAUGGAUUUCCAGAGCUGGAGGAUUCUACCUCUGAGUAUCUCUGUACCAUACUUAACAUUCAGAAUGUCUGCAUGACUUUUGAUGUUGCCAGCCUCUACUCACUUCCCAAGUUAACUUGCAUGUGCUGCAUGUUUAUGGACAGAAAUGCUCAGGAGGUGCUCUCCAGUGAAGGCUUCCUCUCCCUUUCUAAGACAGCACUUUUAAACAUCGUAUUAAGAGAUUCAUUUGCAGCUCCCGAGAAAGAUAUUUUCCUAGCCUUGUUAAAUUGGUGUAAGCACAAUUCAAAGGAGAAUCAUGCUGAAAUCAUGCAGGCUGUGCGUUUGCCUCUGAUGAGCCUCACUGAACUUCUGAACGUUGUGAGGCCUUCAGGACUGUUGUCUCCCGAUGCCAUUCUGGAUGCUAUUAAAGUUCGAUCAGAGAGCCGGGAUAUGGACCUCAAUUACAGAGGCAUGCUCAUCCCAGAAGAAAAUAUUGCAACCAUGAAGUAUGGAGCCCAGGUUGUAAAAGGGGAGCUGAAGUCUGCCUUAUUAGACGGCGAUACUCAAAACUACGAUUUGGAUCAUGGAUUUUCUAGGCACCCAAUUGAUGAUGACUGCCGUUCUGGCAUUGAGAUUAAGCUAGGUCAACCAUCUAUCAUCAAUCACAUACGGAUACUCCUGUGGGACCGAGAUAGCCGGUCUUACUCAUACUUCAUUGAAGUGUCAAUGGAUGAACUUGAUUGGAUUAGAGUGAUUGACCAUUCGCAGUAUCUAUGUCGUUCUUGGCAAAAGUUGUAUUUUCCAGCCCGUGUCUGCAGGUAUAUUCGAAUAGUUGGAACUCACAACACAGUGAAUAAGAUUUUUCACAUUGUGGCUUUUGAAUGUAUGUUUACAAACAAAACCUUCACUCUUGAGAAGGGGCUGAUAGUUCCCAUGGAGAACGUUGCAACAAUUGCAGAUUGCGCCAGUGUGAUUGAAGGAGUCAGUCGGAGCCGAAAUGCCUUGCUGAAUGGCGACACCAAGAAUUACGACUGGGAUUCCGGCUAUACGUGUCACCAGCUAGGAAGUGGUGCGAUUGUGGUUCAGCUGGCACAGCCAUACAUGAUCGGGUCCAUACGGUUACUACUUUGGGACUGUGAUGAUCGAAGCUACAGCUACUAUGUUGAGGUCUCCACCAACCAGCAACAGUGGACCAUGGUGGCCGACAGAACGAAAGUCUCCUGCAAGUCCUGGCAGUCUGUAACUUUUGAGAGACAGCCCGCCUCCUUCAUCCGAAUCGUGGGAACACACAACACAGCAAAUGAGGUGUUCCACUGCGUCCACUUUGAGUGUCCGGAGCAGCAGAGCAGCCAGAAGGAGGAAAGCAGCGAGGAGUCAGGGCCUGGGGAGCCCAGCCUGGCGGGUCCGCAGCUCGACCCCCACGCCCUGCAGGCCCCAGGAGGCAGCUCCCUGCCUUCCAGCCCCGGCUCUGCCUCUCGCUCUCCCAACCGGCAGCACCAGUAAAGGGGGCGCGGACAUGGAGGCAUGCGGUGGGCCCCGAGGGCAGGGGCCAGGACUGGCAUCCUCCCGGGAGGGAUCUCCGUCUCCAGCCCCUCUCCCCUCCUGGGAGGAGCAGACGGCGCUGGCAAAACGGACACAGGACAGGCUUUCUCCCAAGGACAGAAAGGGGCCAUGUUGUUCUCCUCUCAAUUUGUUCAAAUCAGGCUGGUCUCCAGGGGGAGAAAAUGGGUCUUCAAUCUUCAUCAAGUCCACCAUUAACACCCUACCUCUCUAAUCUAACCCGGGCAAAGAGGCCGCGGUGGACAGGCCGGUGUCGGAAUGCUGCGACGGCACCAAGCUCGGGAGAACCCAUCAGACCUUUAUUACCUCCAGGCACCCUUUAGGAAGUGGGUUUCAAUAGAGUGUUUGCUUUUCUGGAACACAUUGCCCUGGCAACUAAAUGAUUUUUUCUUUCUUUUAGUUAUUGUCCAUUUGCUGAAUCAUAGGUGUUCCAGAUCUUUUUGAAAUGCUCAAACAGCAAAUCAUUUGUUGUAUUCCCUUUUGACGCUGUAAUUUUCCUUCCUUAGUUUUGAACGGUUAGGCCUGGGGUGGAGCGGAGAAAGGCUGUGCACAGCUCCUGAAUGAGGCACAGAUGCAGCUCGUCAUGGCACCGGGGCUGACAAGGAAAAUCCUCUGAGGAAGUUCAAAAAAAUACACAAUGAGCAAAUCAAUCCGAGGAUACUGGAGUUAAUAAUCACUCGAAUUCCUGAGUUAUUAACCUGUCAUUCCUGAAACGUACCCAGCCCUUAAGCUUGGGAGGCUGACAAGGAAAUGGUUAUUUUUGCCACCUGCUAAUUUCCUGUUCCUGAGUCUGUAAACGUAUCUGUAAGUCCACAGCAGCUUCCGGUAGGGCUCAGCCCACCCCUGAAUCACCACCGGUUAGCUGGGCCCGUGGGGACGGUAGUCCCCUGUGCCAGCGAGUGUCAGCAGCACGCUCCUGGGGCUUUGCAGGGUGGUCAUGGCGGUUCAGUCUUCGCUGUGUUUCAUCCGCACACCUGACUACUCAGCCAAGGUUGAGAAGAAAAAGUAGUUCUAAGAAGCUUUUCUCCUCCUCAUUGAGCGGAUCGCUGCCGCAGCCUGACGAGGCUGCGCUCCCUCUCCUUCCUUAGUGCUUUCCAGCCUGGCGCUAACUACCCUUUGUAACGUGCUUAGCCUGCUGUCUGGGGUUCACUCACUUCCGGAGCCCGGCCAGGCUGAGCACUGCGGUCCCCUGGCCCCCCAGAUGCAGGCCCAGGUCCUCUGCACACCCUGUGACCCCCACUUGGAGGAGGGUGGGCUUACAGGGGGUUCCUUUUGGGGUCUUACACGCUCACUGGUUGCAGGUGGACACAGAGCCCCUCUAAGUAAAUGCUCUCCCCAGUGUA